AGAAUCGUAGAAGCUGGUAUCAUUAUUUACGUCAACGCGCAGUGUAAAAUGACAUCUACACGCACACAUGCAUAACAAUUUUGUCUCUGCUUCUUUGUUGGGAUUGUAUGGUGACACUCCAUCUAGACAUAUAUAUAAUCAAAGACCAAUCGAUAGUAAUCGCGAAAAAUUAUAAAAUACAGUUGUAAACAGCUGUAAUAGUGUCGCAUAACUGUUUUGGAACAUUAAUAGCGCUUUAAAAACGCAGUGCUGUGUGUGAAACUGGUGUUUUUUGAUAUAAAAUAGUAGUUAAAGAAUUGUUUCUGUUAUUUUUACGUAAUAUACAGUAAUAAGGAGUUGUUAUAAGUUGAGUGCGGAGAAAGCAUGUUCGUGUUGUUUUUCUGAAAAAACAACCACCGCGCAAAAUGCCGUGAAGCGCAAACAUGGGACAGCGCCAUCUAUCGGGCGGCGGGCGAACCACGUAAGAUGCACCUAGCGCCACCUGUCGAGCGUUGAACGAGAUGCCACGCUUAAAAUAUGCGUCGGUCGCACGAGUCGUUGUCAUACUGGGCUUGUUCUGUCUGUGGCUGCAAAUCAUGCUGUCGGCUUCUACCGGGGGCAUGUAUAGGGAUGGAGAAGAGCUGAUGAAUGGGAACGACACUUCGGAGCAGGUACUCGCUCUGGUGCCUCCGGAGCUACAUAAGUACCUCACGGUACAUCCCAGGAAUUCCACAGUGAACUCCACAGAGCGCAUAGCAACUAAGAAUAUAACAGAAAUCAGGCGAGCCAUCCAGAGGAACAACGAGGCGCAGAUCAUUUACAAUGAAGAUAUAUUCGGACCAGUACAGAACGACACCGUUAUUAUAGCUAUACAGGUUCACACCCGGCUGACGUAUCUCCGUCACCUCAUAGUCUCGUUGGCUCAAGCGAAGGAGAUCGACAGAACUCUUCUUAUAUUCUCACACGAUUAUUACGACGAGGAGAUCAAUAAUCUAGUGAGGAGCAUCGACUUUACUAAGGUGAUGCAGAUAUUCUACCCGUACUCGAUACAGACGCACCCGCACGAGUUCCCCGGCAUGGACCCCAACGACUGUCCCCGAGACACCAAGUUUGAACAGGCAGUUAAACUAGAAUGCAACAACGCAUUAUACCCGGAUCUGCACGGGCACUACCGCGAGGCGAAGUACACGCAGACUAAACACCACUGGUGGUGGAAGGCCAACAGGAUAUUCAACCAGCUGCAGUGCACUGCUGGACAUACAGGUUAUGUGCUCUUCUUAGAGGAAGAUCACUAUGUAGCAGAAGACUUUCUGCACAUCCUCUCUCUGCUAAAGUCCACGGCAGACAAGAGCUGUCCUCAAUGUGAGAUAUUGUCCCUGGGGACCUACCUCAAGACCUACCAGUACCAUGUCAAUGGUGAUAAGAGGAAGAAGAAUCUAAAUCUGAACUACAUCCAACAAGUAAAGGCUGCUAACGAAGAGAGACGGAAGAAACGAACCGAAAAUCUACCUACAUGGAACUUUCAAGUGUACCCCAACCUUUACUCGGCUACACAAAAGGUGGAAAUAACGCCGUGGCAUUCUAGUAUGCACAACAUGGGUUUUGCAUUCAAUAGAACGGUUUGGGGACACAUAAUGGCGCAGCAGAGUCAGUUCUGCGCGUACGAUGACUAUAACUGGGAUUACUCGCUGCUACAUCUGUCACAGAACAUGCCAGGGAGGGAAAAAUUUAAGGUCAUCGUGUGUAAGGGGCCACGGGUGUUUCAUAUAGGAGAAUGCGGUUUCCACCACAAGAAAUCGAACUGCAACGCGUCGACAGUGAUCAGUAAAGUACAGAAGCUGCUGCAGAACGCCAAGCCCUACCUGUUCCCGACGCGAGUGAGUGCCACCGUCACCGCCGGCGGCGCCAAGCAUAACAAGAAGCUCGUCAAGGGAAACGGCGGCUGGGGGGAUAUUAGAGAUCAAGAACUGUGUGCUAACAUGACUCGAAUAGGACGACAACAGCGACCUAUCGCGUACUACGCAUAAUACUUUGUACAUACACAUUCCAUAUGCUUUUAUACAUAUAUACGCACAUAUAUAUGUACAACUCUCCCGCAUAUCGCAUCGGCACCUAAACUACAUAAGUAAAAUCAUGAUCAGAACUUCUGAAUAAGGAUUUUUCUGUCAGACUUAAUUCUUACUGAGGAACUAUGUUCCUUAUUCAGACUGAGACGUCCGAGUCUGAAAUAGCGUUGAGGUAUUACCUUGACUGUUGAACCAUUUAAACCAGUUAAUAUAUUUGAAAACGAGAUUUAUCUAAGCGUAUAGUUAAACCCUAUAGGUUGUGGAUAUUCAAUUGAUGAACCUAUCAAUUAGGUUUUUGUUUUUUAAAUAAAUUAUUAGUGAAAAAUCUGAUGUAAUGGGUGCCGACGGCACUUAACAUGAUUUAAUUUUUCUUCAUUAAAUAUGCUAUCCAGCUACAGAAAUCACACGCACGCGGAACGAAAGGAACCAACGUGUGAGCGUGAUGGCACUAUACAUAACUAUGUAAGUGUAAAAGAGACAGGUAUACGUAGAUUAACGUACGAAAUCCUUCGUUUCCAUGCGCUUAUAGAAAUACAUUUUCUGUGUCUUGCAAUCGACUGGCGUUUCAAUAACCUAUCUGUCUGUGGUUUUGCUUACUAGAGAUAGGAUUUUGCAAUUUCUUGUAUGAAGCUAAUGACAAAAUUCAAUCUUUAAGCAAAUUGAGAGCUAGGUUAUUGAAAUACGUGUUUAGUAACUGGCUCUUCAAAUAUAUGUAGUCAAUCCUUAGGUAAAAUUUAUAGAAAUAUACAUUAUGUAAUUUAUUUUAUUAUUAUUUAAGAGCUGUUUAGUUUCGUUUGCAAGGCAAUGAAAAUGUUAUUAAAUUGAAACCAUAAUUGUUAAAGAGUUAUUUAUACAACGUUAUUUUUUGUUUAUGCGAAACCUGAUACACCUAUCUAGUAUUUUUAUGUAAAGAAUCUAUGUACGAAAUUUCAAAACCGUAUCAUGAAAAAUCACAAAGUUAUAAGCUUGUUAAGUUGCACCACAAAAUGCAAACAUGCCGCGCAACGCGAUAGCACUGUGCGCUCGCGCCCGCUAUGAACUCGCCGUGACUUGUUGUGCGAGAAUAAAUACCUAUUUGUGGUAUCCAACAUUCAAAUUUUUUUAGAUAAUUUUGGAAAAAAAUAUAACAUGGUGUAAAAACUAUUGGAAUCGAUUCUGUUACUGAUUCUGAACAAACUAUAUUCAGGUUUCGCACAAACAAAAAAUAACGUUGUAUAUGACCCCGCUUCGCACAACUUGCAUAUAUUCUAAAAUCUAUAAAAUAUAAAAACUUACUGCCAUCCCGGAUAGUAAGAAUAUUAAUUAGUUAAACAUCUUUACAUACUAGCUUCCGCCCGUAGUUUUGCUUAGAUGUUGUGCACGUAAAACUUAUAUUAAGCACUCAGUAAUUUUUUUGUUGAUGUUUUUUUUAUAUUAUUUUAAAAUACCCUUCUUAGCAGUCGGGUAAAACAAGAUUUAUUUGACUAACCAUGUGAAGCCACGCGCAGUGGUUUAUUUGUACAUAUUGAGUAUUCUAAAGAUUUACGUCUUCUAAAAGUACCUACGUUUUAAAUGAUAGCUGCCGACUGCAUGAAAAUGCACUGCUGGUUUGUAUGUGUUUAUAUGGAUCGAAGUGGCAGUGCAGCCCUUAGAUAAGGCGGCCAACCGUCCCGCAAUGCUUGACGAAAUCCCGUUUUAAAAUUAUUAGUAAAACUUUGUAUGCGUCCCGCAUGUCUCGCAUUCCUAUUUUUCUGCCCCCCUCCCCCCCUUUCACGAAAGGUUAAGUCCCGCAUUCAGUUUUCGGAAAGUUUGCCGCCUUACCCUUACAUAUCGGCCGGUUUUAUGCAGUCACUGCAAGUGCGGUUGGCAGUUGUCAUUCAAAACUUACUUGCAGAAGGCAAAUUAGGUAAGAUUUUUCUCAGCUCACAAACGGCAUGUUGUAUGGUAGUGUCAAAUAUUCAAUUGUACCUUUAAACAGUAAUUGUAAAUUAUUAUUUGAAGACUGAUUGUUGUUAUUGGCAGCUAAUUCACAUUCCUAACAUUAUUUGGAAGUUAUAUUUUUAAUUUUAGUUAUUUUGUAGGAACCCUACUACUCGGGAUGGCAGUCAAAACAUUGUUAUACCAAAAAGUAUUUUUUUUUUUGUUAUUGUAAAGAUCCAUUAAUGUAGUUUUUUUAUCAUUUUUUUGCUACACAUCGUCAUGCAAUGUUUUUGUAGACCAAAUUUUAGUGUUGCCACAAAUUAGAAAAAGCUACUAUAGUGUUAGUAUUUUAAAUAGCAACAGAACGUAUUGAGAUAUGUACUUAUUACUUUAGCUGUAUAUAAGUUGUUGAAUAACGUAUAUUAUUUAAAGUUUAUAGGGCGAGUGCACCGGUUAUUGGUUAUAAUAGGCGUGAUGAUAGGGUUAAAAAUAAUGAUUCUAAUUACCCCGUCUUUUAGAUAUUUGGGCACAUAUUAAAAAAAAAACACGAAAAAUUCACUCGGAAGUGACGUAACACAAAAUUCUAUCGUGUUGUAUCUUCGUUGUUAUUUGUUUGUGAGAGAAAAUAAAAAAUACGUGUCCAUUAUUUUAGGGUUAUCUAAAAGACGGACUAAUUACUAUUUUUCAUUCACCAUGCCUAUCAAAGUUUUUGAAAAGUGAUGCUUUAAAUUAGAUAUAUUAUUAUUUUGAGAGCCGAGUAGCGGUGCGAUCGCUCUGUUUUCUGUUAUGUAAUCGUAAACAAGUGAUUUAUUAUUUUAUUUAAUUUUCUCUGCAAUUGACAGAAAUAUUGAUAAUGUUUAAUAUGUUAAUAAACUUUAUGUUUAUGUGAUACCGUCCCUUGAGAUUAAAUAAGAACUUUUUUGUGAUUGAACCUAUUUUGAUUGUUUUAUAAUUUACUAGCUUCCGCCCGCGUCCCGUACCUGGAUGGUGACUAAAACUGUCCUGUAUCCACCCAGGACUAAGGGACAGUUUAAGCUAAACUUUUAAGCACCAACUACGUAAAAUUUUUUUUGGUAGUUUAGUUAACUUACCGAAGGUUUUAACCGACUUCCCAAAAAGGAAUCUUUUAUUUAAGUAUGUAUAUACAUACUUAAAUAUAAACUAAUAAUUAUAAUAUAUAUAUACUUAAAUAUAAAUAUAUUGUAUAUAUAUUUGUAAAAUUCAAUUACAAAAAAGUUCUCGAAAAAAAACAAAAAGUAUCUCUUCUCUUGAUUGAUAGAUUGAUCAAUAUUUCUGCCGACAGACUGAUCAGUACCUAAGUUUAUAGAAGAAGGUGCGUAGUUAUAACAUAAAGCUAUCUUAUAUAUACUGAUACUAGCUUCCACCCGUGGUUUCACCCGCGUCUAGAGAUAACUGCUUCCCGUAGCUGGAUGGUAAUAAGAACCUAUGUCGUUCUCCAGGAUCUAGGCUGCGUCCCCACAAAUUUUCAGCAUAAUCGGACUAGCCGUGACCAAGGGAUAUAGGAUAUUUUUUUAUAGGAUAUCCUAUAGGUAUACAGAUUAUAAAGAUAAAAAAAUAUUUUUUGUUUGUUUGCAAUAGAUAAAGUCAAAACUACUGGACCGAUUUUUAAAUUAAAUAAUAAAGAUUUUUAAAUUCUUUCACUGUUGGAAAGUUACACUCUUCCCGAGUAACAUAGGCUACCUAUGUUUGGUCCAACUACGGGCAGUAGUUCCCACGGGACGCGGGUGAAACCUCGGGAAAGCGGCUAGUGUUUAAUAUGAAUAGUUGUCAUCAAUGUAUUGUUGUGGAAAACCCAAUUUAAUGGAGGAGAGAUUUACACGAAACGUAUGUUUAUUUCAUUUGAGUAGGCAUUUAACUACAGGAUAACAAUCUUGGUAUGAUUACACAAAUACAUAUUAAACAAAGAAAAUACUGCUUUAGCUUAAGUAAUGGUUUACAUUGAUUUUUAGGCAUAUUUAUUUAGAUAAAAAAAGACAACAAGAUUGUUUUCCUUUAGUUACAUGCAUACUCAAAUGGUGUAUAAAUUGAAACUUGUCUAUGGAAUGUUUUCGUUGACGUGUCUCAAAAAUUCCGUACGUAACUCUUAUAGUAUUUUAAUUGGUAAAAACGAAUAUAUUUAUAUGUAAUUUGACAACAGUAUUGUACACUUUUAUAUUAAGACAAAAAUUAUAUUGACCUCGGCCUCGAAUAUUUUUUUUGUUAAUGACAGCUGCAAAAAUGGCGCGAAUGUUAAACAUUGAAUUCGAAUAUUAGUAAUGCAAUAAAAAUGCAUAUUUGUAUAAAUAAAGAAGUGUAAAUCUUCACUCUAAGAACAAUUUAAGAACGUUAUUAAUGCACAAUAAGUAGAAAAACUAUUGUAUAAAGUUAUUGACAAAAUCUUUUUAUUUAUAUAUCGGCCCGUCUACACAAUAUCUAUGGCUGAACGACCGUUGAUUGCGAUUGUCAUAAAAGAGUAUUAUUUAAAAAUCCAUAUUUGUUUUAAGAGUGAAAAUAUAUUGAAAAUUGUCCACUGUUUUAAUAUUUAAUUUAAACAGUCACUAUUUACUUAAGGUGGACUUCUAUAACCGAUCCGCUGAUUUUCGAUUAGAGAUUGAAUUUUGACAUUAGGUCUAUAUAAAUUAUGUCAAUCGCAAAACUGCGGAUAGAUUAUAGAAUUCUGCCGUCAACGGGCCAGCAUGGACGAUUGUGUAGGCGCCCCUCAAUCAUUAUUCUACCUAGUCAUUGCGUUGCUUGUACUGAAAUAUUUAAAAAGAUAUACUUAUUUAAUUCGUUGAUUUCAGCGCCCUCUAGUGGUCUAUGACAAUAAACACCUUAUUAAAUUUCGAUAUUGAGUAACAUUAUCCCGACUUUAUAUUUGUAAGUUGCUUAUGUUAAAAUAACGUAAGUCACUUCUGUAAGUUGUGAGAAGUUCUUAGAAUUUAGUGUAAGCGACAUUUGUGAAUUUAUCGUAAGCUACUUGCAAGUGUAAAGGCGGCCAUAUUAGGUAUAUUUAUUAUCAAUUUUAUUUAUUUUAACUAAAUAUGUGAUUAUAUUCUAUUGUAUAUAGUUGUAUGUAAAAUAUAUGCACUUCUAACUUUAAAAUGUUAACAAACUCUAACGUGUAUUUCUUCAGAUAAUAGUUGAAUACUGAUCAAUGAGAAUUUAGUAUGUACCAAAAUGUACGUAGGUAAAUGAGCUGUCAUCGUUAUGUACCGUAUGUAAUUUAAAUUUACCUAUGAUUGAUUAUGUUAUCAAUUUCUGUAUAGAUACCUACCUAUUAUCGUUAUAUUUAUUUUUUUCACCCAUACUUGCUAUUUUAAAAUUGAAGAAAAAAAACCGUAUUUAUAUUGACAGCUCAUAAACAAAUAUGGCGGCUACAACUGUCAAAUUGACUGGUAGGUACAUGUUAUAAUCUUUUAUUGGUUCAACAAAAAAUGUCUCACUGACAAUAACCUAUGUACAAUAACUCUUCUAACAAAUACUUGAAAUCUUUGCUAUCUUCACAGAUGUAACCAAGAAUGCCCAAAUGCCUUAAAUUAGAAGUUAUUUGUACGAGUCAAUGAGUACAUUAAAUUAAGCACAAUUUUUAGAGAAAAUGCCCCAGAUACAAAAUGUCUAAUAUACACUGUAUAUGCCCCACGUUUUGACAAGAUAUAUGAAGUGUAGACCUACCAAGCAAUCUGUAUAGUUUACCAACAUGGGAAAUUAAAGCUUAACAAUCAUUUAAUUCAGUAAUACAAGGGUUAGAAUUCAGAAAUUCAAUGAGCUCAAAAUAGGAGAUUGUUAUUUGUUAAUUGAAAAACAUUUUGAAAUCCCUUCAACAAUGUUUUAAAAUGGUAACAUAAACAGAUUGCUCGGUGGGUCCUAUACAAGGCUACUAUAUGUUAUGAGGAUGACAGAUGAACUAUAACAUGCAAAACGCCAUCUUAAAAUAUCAUUUUUGAUAAAACUUAAACUGAAAAUAAUUUCAAUUCAAAAUGGUGACUUCAAUUAUGUCAUUUGUCAGCCUCUUUCAUUAAUACCCAUAUCGAUACAGUACAGUAAAUGCCAUAAAAAUGUUUGUCCCAGUAUAAAAUGUCCAUUUUGAGCAAGCAACGAAAAUCAGCUAGAUUAUAGUAUAGUUAGCGUCAUGUAAAAAUUGAAUUUUAACUGUGGCAUAAUAUUAUAAAAUUUGUAAUAAAGUAAUAUUGACAUAAUAAAGUGCAGUUCGUUUUGAAAA